AUGUCAGGCAUUCAAGAGGAGGCUACAAGCUUAACAAAGAGUUUGCCCAAGCUCGACAAUAUUAAGACUAAAUUCGGAUUCGGAAUUAAAGAUGGUCGGCCACCUACUCCAAAUGCUACCCCUCACCCCGAAGAUAUUGAAACCAUCACUGCUAAGGAAUGUUUGCAAAAUUUCAACAAGUUCAUUGACCACGAGAAGCCGGGUCUCAGGAGCUUCUACAGUGAGCAACAAUUAGAGAAACUCUCUGUUGAUGCCGCAGACAUGGUAAAUAAGCUUCGUAAAAAGAAAUGCGGGAAAGAGACGUCAAAGCAACUUUCGAUACUAUGUCUUUACGACCUGGUAAUGCUCAUUGAUGACUCCUCGUCCAUGAGCGAUGAAGAAGAUGGAAAUCGCAUAAAUAUACUCCUAAAGACGAUGAAAAAGAUCACUAUGGUGUAUGACCUAGCACGACCUGCGCCUGAUCAAGGGUUGGUAUCUGUUAAGUUCAUCAAUUGCAUGAAGGGGUACAAGAAUAUCGAUAACCGGCGGGUUUCACAUGUACUGAAGAAGCAUGCUUUCUGGGGAACAACGCAGAUCGGCUCAGCGUUGCAGAAAAAGGUGCUUGAUAACUUUGUCUUUAAUCCGAAUGCACCUAUGGAGAAGCCGCUCUUGGUCAUGACUAUUACCGACGGAGGGCCGGAAGGGGAAUCAAAGAAUCAUCUUCGGAAUGUCAUCGACCAAUGUGUGCAGAAGUUAGAGGCGCAAGGGGGUGCAGGAAAAGACGCUGUCGCCUUCCACUUUUCACGCGUUGGUAACGACAGCGGCGCCGCAAAUCUUCUCGCUGACCUUGACGAGUGUUGUGAAUCUGUGGACUGUUUGAGAGCCGAGUAUGCAUUAGAGAGACUUAGUGAUAAGGAAUCGCAGUGGGAUGUGUUACCGAAGCUGCUAUUAGGUGCAAUCGUUAGCACCAUCAACCAAAACGACGACGAAGAGCUGGGUAAGGCCGAAAAACCACCACCAGUACACGUUGAAAGUCUGGAAGAUGGGAUUAUAGAGUUAGAUGACAAUGAUUCUGAGGGUAGCGAUGAUGAUGACUGA